CACAAUCCGAAAAAUAUGCACGUUGACGCACAAGAUGGCUAAAGGUAGGAUGGUAUAUAGCAUUUUGAGAACUUUAUAAAGGGAUUAUUGCAAUUCUUCUACAGUGAGCCGAAGAGAAGCUGCGUCUUCCUUAUGAAUUGCAAGCUGCAGAAAAUAUGUGUUGUCCGGUGUUUCCAGUUUCCUUAUGAUUGAUUUUUUGUCCUUCUCUUCCCGCAUCGAUUUCCUUACCUUUUAUCACCUCUUCCCUUGGCUAAUAUUGAUUGAAGACACACAGUUAAUGGAUUUUCUCUGGAGAUACAAAAUAGAAUGAUGCUUCGUUCUACGCCUGGUCAAAACACGGCAAGCGUGCUAGGCGGUCUUGCUGGCACGGGUCUGCUCGUAGCUACUUUGGUAGCCGCGAGUUCGUCUUCCACUGCGUCUGGUGUACGUGGCGGCUUUGUUGGGAGUUUGACUCGGGUAUACGACAUUGCUACACAUCCGUCCGCGUCUCUCGCAGGUGUUGCAGAAGCAGUUUAUCUGAGUGGCGCCGCACUCGCGGCCGAUGCUGCGGCAGGCGACUAUUUAGCUUUAUAUCUGGUGUUUUCGAUCGCAUUAUACCUUGUGGAGGAGCAUCUAGAAUGGAGACAAUUGGGCGAGGACAAGAAAAAGACGAUUCCGCCAGAGGUUUUCGAGUAUGGAAUCUUAGACAAAGCAACGAAGGACAGUCCUGAAACCCUGGAAAAAUUCGAGAAAGCGAGGCUUUACAACUAUGAAAAACGGCUUUUUGGAAUGUUCACGUCGGUGGUGAACACCGGAUUUGAAGUAUUCAUUCUGCUCCUCGUGAAACCGUGGGCUUGGCGCAAAGCCAUGGAGCAUGCGCCUUUCGUGCGGACAACCUAUGCGAACGCUAUGGCUUCCUUGCCGAUGUGGUUUAGAAUUGGAGCAUGGCUGCCAAGCUGGCUUUCGAUUGCGCCGACGCAAGAUGCUUCCGCUUCCUCGUUGUCGUGGUUUGGCGCAGGCGCAUCACAGGGCGCGUCUUGGGAGCGCGAAGUGCCAGAGUUCCUUCUCUUCUCACUUUUGUUGCACUUCAUCGGGAGGCCUUUGGAUUUGAUACAGAGUCUCUACUCCGACUUCGUACUGGAAGAAAAGCACGGCUUCAACAAGAAGACUUUGGGAUUGUUUUUCUCCGAUCUGGUGAAGUCCGAGAUCUUGUCCUUGGUCUUCAUGAUGCUCUUGCUUCCCGUCAUCACUUUCCUGAUUCACUGGGGUGGCGAGAUGUUCUACGUUUACUUAUGGAGCUUUGUGCAGAUUUUUGGCCUCUUCAUGAUGUGGUUCGCGCCAACCUUCAUCAUGCCUUUGUUCAACAAGUACGAACCGAUCGAAGACAAGGAACUCCGGGGAAAAAUCGAGGCUCUGGCAGCUAGUCUCAAGUUUCCGCUCUACAACCUGUUCCAGAUGGAUGGCAGCACCAGAAGCGCACACAGCAACGCCUUCUUUUUCGGAAUGUGGCGUUACAAGAGGAUCGUGCUCUACGAUACGCUGUUGCACCUUCCCCACGACUCCAUCUUAGCCAUUCUCGGACACGAACUGGGUCACUGGAAAAUGGGACAUACAACGUGGAACAUGCUUUUGGGCAGUGUGCAGCUGUUUUUAUCCUUCAAGCUAGUGGGCACGGUGUUGUAUUCUCCAGCGAAGGACGCUAUUUUCGCAUCCUUUGGCAUGGAGGAGGCGUCACACAGUGUGAUGGUCGCGAUUAUGCUGAUAGGACUGCUUAUGGAGCCCAUGGAUUCCCUCUUGGAACGGUUCACGACAUGCCUCACGCGAGUCUUCGAAUUUCAGGUACUUUCUUAAUGUACAUCAUCUAGUCUUCUGACUUUCCGGAUUCUUUACUUUUCAAUUUUGUCCUGAAGAUAUCCAUAUCUGGAAGUGCAAAUCUUUGCGAGCAGGUCAGCGAAUGCAAAAAAAGUUAAGCGUUGUUGAUCUUGCUUUAUUUCAAUUUUUUGAAAAACAUCGGGAAGCGAACUACCUCUCACUUUCUACAAAUGACUUUUUUAGGCUGACGCUUUCGCAGUGGAUAUUGGUCGUGCGGAGGGUCUCAAGGACGGUCUGAAAGCACUAGCAGCCGAAAACAAGAGCGGUUACAACGAUGACUGGCUGUGGGCUUGGUACAACCUUGAUCACCCAACACUUUUCGAACGCCUGAAAGCUAUCGAUAAAAAAGUUGCUGAAGAAGGCAAGAAAAGCAUCGAGAUGGCGAAGAAAACAGACUAGAAGAGGGGCUAACUCACGGGUGGAAUCUCGCACACGGUUUGGGAACGAGGACUUUCUUAGACGCCUCUAUGGACUUAGACACAUAUGCUGUUGUUGGUUACGGGUUUUCCACUUCCUUUGACGCUUACCCAUUCCUUUGAUACCUCCUUAAGAAUCAGGAUGGAUGAGGGUGCAGGGAAUGUUGAGAAUAAAAAGCUCAUUUUGGUGGCUAGUCGUGAUUGAUCCCAUAUCAUUCUUGAGUGGAUUUUAGAGCCGUGUGAAGACGCGACUUGCUUUUCGCGUGCUGUGCGCUCUUCAAAAUGCCAAGCAACGGUAGCUUCAAAUUAAUGACUCCACGAAUCUGGUUCUCAGCUCUGAGUUACUGCAACCGCAAU